CAGACCGCCGCUCGAGACGCAAAAGUUUUCUACGUGCCAAUUUGUUUCGAGUGCUGGACCGAUCGGUGAACGGUACGUAGCCAACUCGCACCCCAGCUGCGCGAAAGAUCGCACGCGAUUGGUUAGCGCUCUGUGUGUGUACGGACGGUUUGUGCGUGAGCCGUUUUCAGCAUACUGCACACGUAUUUUCAUGCUGAGAGAAAGAGUUGCCAAGUCGUGCCCGAGAUUAGGCGGAACCCCCCGAGGGUUGCAUGCACGAUCGCAUUAUCCAUCGUCAGGCUGUGCUAAAUUUGCGCUUGUGAUAGCCAGAGUUGAAAACAGUGUUUCUCAACCAAGUGUCAAGAUCUUGCUCUCUGUCUCGUCGCCGUGCUGCCGAGACCAUUCGCCGCCAUGCCGACUCGUCUAAGGUCUACCAACCACAACAUGGGUUUCGGCCCUAACCUUCCUAUUAGUCGAAUUUCCGCAACGAUGACUGACACACUGGACUAUAGCAGAUUUUUCAGGUUUUCAUUAAAAGUAUGUUUUCUAUACGUUUUUUGCUUUACGGGAACGUUGUUGGUGAUUAUGAAUGUUUUGCAAAAAGAAAUUUUGCACAGUUCACAUGCAGACGCCGGAAAAAUACAGUCCAUCCGAGAGGUAGAUGGCUCCCAAGUGCUAAAUGCAACAGUUGUGACGAACGCGGCGGAAAUUUUUCUGGAAUCUACCGACCUUUCGAAAAGACCUUGGUACAUGAAAGGUGGAAAGAGACAACCUCAACCGGCUAUGAUAUCUCGACAUACUGGAAGACGAUUAGCACGUAUUUGGCCCGAUGAAGAUCCCAAUGAUGAUAGGCUUUUGAAUCAGCUGAUGUUCAUACCUCCGGACUACAACAAAACGAAUGAUGAAAUAAACUUAAAGAGGGUUUUUGUUCCCAGAGAGAUGGGCGAGGUUAAAGUUGGGCAAGAUAUUUUUAUAGAAGAGGGUUGUCCCGUUAGUUCAUGUACAAUAACUUGUGAUAAUCCUCUCGAAUCUGAAGUACGUUUAUUUAAAGCCUUCGUGGAUCCAAAGGAACAAAGAUCAGCCGAUCAGGUAUGGGUGAUCUACAUUUUAGAAUCUCCCUAUCAUCCGACGGCUCUCAAAAAUGUUGUUGUUAACUGGACUGCAACUUAUCGCCGAGAUAGUGACAUAGUAGCGCCAUACAGCAGAUGGCUCAAUUUUGAUCCUAGUGUUACUCAAAUACAACAGACUCUUAAUUAUGCUUCGAACAAGACGAAAAAGGUCGCCUGGUUUGUUUCUAAUUGCAAUGCUAAGAAUCAGAGGAUGCAGUAUGCCAAAGAGUUAUCCGAGUAUAUCCAAGUCGAUAUUUAUGGUGCUUGUGGCAGUUUAAGUUGUCCACGAUCGGAAGGUCAAGCUUGCUUCGACAUGCUGGAUGCUGAUUACAAAUUCUACCUCGCAUUUGAAGAUUCAAAUUGUCGGGACUACAUAACAGAGAAGUUUCUUGUUAAUGGACUUGGGCACAACGUUCUUCCGAUAGUUAUGGGAGCACAUCCAAACGAUUAUAUUAAAAUCGCACCAUAUCGAUCCUAUAUUCAUGUGGAGGAUUUUCAGUCACCCAUAGAGCUCGCUGAGUACCUCCAUCAACUGGACAAUGACGACGAGCUUUACAACUCCUACUUCAAAUGGAAAGGCACUGGGGAAUUUGUAAAUACGUACUUUUGGUGUCGAUUAUGCGCAAUGCUGCACGAUAAUCCUGAACCCAAGUAUUAUAAGGAUUUGCACGAAUGGUGGCAUGGUGAUGGUGUGUGUAUUCACGAUUCAUGGCGUGAAUACGACGCUAUUGUAAGCAACCUCAAAAACGGUUAAACCACCUUUAACAGUCAAUAGAAUUUAGAAUUACAAAGAAAAAACAAUUUACAAGGGUCGUGAUCUAAAGAAAAGUUCGACGCUGCUACAGCAGACCCUUAAAAAGAGCCAUCUCCAGAAAGCAACUUUACCGACAAGUGCCUCCAAUACCAUCAAAUUCUGUGAGCGUCUUAUAAGUGACAUUAGAUGCACGUAUGCGAGACGAUAUUAAAAAAUGCAGCCAAUGCAUUUCAGAUAUCUUUCCCACCAAGCCCAUGGGGUGUUGCUUAACCUAGCGGCUGCUUGGUAAAGACUUUGGUUCGAAGCUCCGGGCGCUUUGCGAAAGUCUACUGAACCGUAAAAUGAAGCUAAGCGGCCAGUAGGGAAAAGAACAGAUUUUCUAGAAAAAGCAGUCUUUCUUCAAAUUAUUAUUAUUUUUUACUUUUUGUAGGAGUGGGCUAUAGAAAGUCGUCUGACUAAAUCCAUUUCAAACCAGGCAGGUUCUGCGCUUCAUUAUUGUGUUUACAUUUUUACGUCUAUUAAACGAAGAAAGUGUUUGGGUUCUCAAAAAAUACCUCUUACUUUUUUGUAAAAUAUUGAAUCUUCUACACAACAUUUUAAUAAAUUCAUUUUUAGAAGACAAAACAUUAUUUUCGCUUAAAAAAUAAUUAAACGUUCAUAAAACUGGUGGAAUUACAUCUUAAUAUAAGUGGAAAAAAACAUUUAAAAAAUAAAAAAGGUAGAAUUUUCCAGGUGAUGUGAUUUUUAUUUUGUAAAUAUCCAAAGGAAAAAAUUGAAGGCGUUUUUUAUUCUUUUCAAAUAUUUUUAGAAAGUUUCUACUCACAUAAGAAAGACAACUUAUCAGUUUCAUGCAAGCUUAACCAUUUUAGGUUCAGGGGAUUUUUUUGUCUGAAAAUGUAAUUAAAAUGUUUUUUUUUUAAUUUCUAGCUACCACAUAAGUAGAAGCGGAAUUUAUGGUAGAACUUUUAUAGACGUCGAAACCUUGUUUUUG